GAGGCGACGGAUCGUCAUUAGGUCGUAAACCGUUCGCGUGAUAAUUGCCAUUCCAUUUUGGAAAUGACUAAAAAUCACUUGCGGUUUUUCGGACAAUUAUUGAACAGCCUCGAGAGCGCGAGCCCGUCGCGUAUAUAAGAUGUUGCUUCUUAUUGGAGAGAUUCAGUCGAUCUUUGACUUUGAAACGCACGCGGUGGUUUCGAACGGUGGAUGAGUUUCGUUCAACAGUCCGGACCGCCCGAGCACACGCAGCAGACAUUAUGGAAUUAGCGAAGUGUUCAGUGACGUUUAUCGCCUUACUUUUAGUGACUGACGGCGUCUUCGCCGAACCAGGUUUACUGGGAGGUCUUCUGGACCCUCUGGGUAUCUUUCAUCCCCGAGGAAACGGGAACAACGCGCGCGCCGACAGCGAAUCCCUCAGCACGGGCUUCAACCUCGGAGGUCUCGGCUUCGGAGCCAGUCUGGCGCACUCCUCGGCAUCGGCUAAUUCCAACGCCGGGGGUGGUUCCGCCUCCGCGAACGCCCAGUCGAAGGCGAAUUACGGAUACGGUGGUUACGGCGGGGCGAACGCGAACGCUCAGUCCUCCGCUUCAGCCGAUUCCGGACAAAACGGAUACGGCGGGUCUGACGCGAACGCAAAAUCCGAGGCCUCCGCUUCUUCCGGAGGAUACGGAAGUUCCGGGAGUAACGCCGCCGCCGACUCGAGCGCGAAGGGUUUGACCUACGGUAACGGAGGGAACGGAGGCUACGGGAAUUACGGAGGAAACUACGGCGCAGGUGGCAACGGUUACCAGCAACAACGGCAAACCGGCGACCACGGGAAUUCCUACGGGAACGCUAACGCGGGAAGCUCGAACGGUCAAAGUCAAGUUCAUCGGACUGGUCCUCAAAUAGCGGGCGGCAGUUACGGCGAGGGUCAAGGACAAUAUCAAUACGGCCAAGGGCAAUCUCAGUACGGCCAAGGGCAAUCUCAGUACAGUCAAGGUAAUGCUCAGCAUACUCAAGGUCAUUCUCACUACGACUAUCGGGGUCAAUCCCAGUACGGAGAAGGUCUACUAACCCAUAAUCGAGAACACGGCUCCGGAAGCGGCGAAGGUCAAGUCGUGGUGGUGCCGAUAUUUAUCGAUGGCCCCGGAUUCGGAGUAAAUCCCGGAUCGCAUCCUCCCGCUCAUCCCCAUCCUCAUCAUCGUCCUCGUCCUCGUCCCGGUCCCGGUCCCGGUCCUCGGCCAUACCAGCAACAAUACUCGCAGCCUGACGAAAUAAUCAUAAUCACAGAAGUUGAACCAGGCGUUGCUCACGGCAGUGAAUUCGGUCUGGGAUUCCAAGGUCAAGUCGGAGGUCAAAACAACUACCACUCCAACCCGUUCCUCGGCAGCGGAUCGUCGGACGCUUAUGGAAACGCAGGAGCGACGGCGCAGAGUCAAGCCGAAAGCAAUGCCGGUUCUUCGGGAACUGCAUACCUCGGAUCCACGCAGGGAAAUAAGGCCGGCAACUACGUGGGAUCGUACGGCCAAAACAACCAAAACAACGCCGUUAGUCAGGGUCAAGGUUACGGUCAAAAUCAACGUACCGAGGGCAGCGUGAACCCCUUUUUCAACUCGCAAUCAGCUUCUUCCUCCAACGCCAAUUCCAACGCCGGUGCGAAUGCGGCGUACGGACAGAAAGGCACGGGAGUAACGAACGCGGGAACCUUGGAAGCCCACGGUAUUCCCGGGGUGGAUUCCACGGUGCUGGGAAGCUACGACCAAAAAAGCGACACCAACGCCAAUGUCGAGGGGACCUUGCAUCUCGGGGGCUCCGGAUCCCUUCAUACUGUUCCGGGAGUGUCCUCGACGGUUCUAGGUGGCUCGUACGACCAGCAGUACGGUGGGCAGAGCGGUGGGCAGUACGGUGGUUCCUCAGGGAUGAACGCGAACGCCGGCAACCAUUACGGCAUCCCCGGGGUUUCCUCGACGGUACUGGGGGGAUCGUACGAUCAGAAGAGCGAGUCGAAUUCCAAUUACCAAGGUAACUUGCAACUGAGUGGCUCCGGGUCUCUCGGCGGCGUUCCGGGCGUUUCUUCCACCGUCCUCGGUGGCUCCGACGAUCGGCAAUCCAGCGGCAACUACGGCGGUGGAAGUUACGGAGGAACUCCGGGCACCUCGUCGUCGAACGCCGCUUCGAACGCCAACGCGAAUUCGGGAAGCGGCGGCGCGGGCUACGGCAACUACGGGAGCGGAGCGAACACCGGGGGCCACGGGAACGGCGGAUCUUCCGACGCGGUCGGCGACGCGAUCUCCUCGGUCUUCGGAUCGGGCGGUUCGUCCGGCAACCUUCAGGCGACCAGUUCCAGCAAAUCGUCGUCGGAAGUUUCGGGUGGUGCCGGAAGUUCGAACGCCGUUUCCGAUGCGAUCUCUUCCGUGUUUGGAUCCGGACUCUCCGGGUCGGCGCAGGCUUCCAGUUCGAGCAAGGCGAGUUCCUCGAGCGGAUCCGGGAACGCGAUCGCUUUGUCCUCGGCAACGUCGUCGGCGAACUCGGGGGCGGGACACGGCGGAGCACAGGCUAACGCGAACGCCAACUCCGAGGCUCAGAGCGGCGGCUACGGACAAAAUUUCGAAUCGAAAAGUUCUGCUUCUAGUCAGGCCACGAUCGAUACCAGAAACAUGCUCGUUUUUAGCGCUUAACGUACGUUAUUUAAUCGCGAUUAUUAUCAAAUAUGCCGACUACGACAUAUAAUACGACUGUUAUACAUAUUGACGAGUAACGACGGAUUAUAUUAUAUUUACUUUGGAGUUACGCGCUGACUAAAAAAAAUCUACGCAACAAAUCGUACGCUCUCGUCGACCGAUCGUUUUGAAGAAGUCUUCAUCCGAUUCACGGGAUCGCGAUUCGUAAAAUCGUUUGAGCCGUACCAGGACAUUAGAAAAAUUAUCAUCAACGCGCAUACCUCGCAACACCGCACGUCGUAUACCGAGGAAUAACGAUUUGCAACGAUUUGCAAUUUAAUCUCCUCAUCUAUCAUUAUACGUGUACGUGUAUAUUUCUUAUUUUCACGUUAUUGGCUGUAUUGUAUCCUCUAGCUUGAUUCGGUACAACGUAUCCUGUUUUUCGUCAACAAUUCCUCACAUACUCAUCUCGUGUUGCGGCGGUAUAUGCAUCGAAGUUAUGUGGUAUGUACGAUGUAUUGUUUGUGUCUUCGAUUUAAUUGAAGAGAGGAAAAAAACGAAACGCUGACCGUUCAACCUCAUGUGCGAAUGUUGAUUAAAAUGACGAUAGCAUUUACGAUCGUAUAGCCGAACAUAAUAAUAAAUUACUACGAUGUAUUUUCACGA